AAUUAUAGUGGCUGAGAUUUCUCCGCACUCUCGGAAGCUGCUUGUUUGCCUGUUUGGUUUGGAGUUUGUUUCUGGUUUCUGGUUUGGUUCAGCUCCUUUACUCGGAACUCUUCUCCUGCUUCUCCUGAUUCUGCUACUGCUAUCUUUCUCCGAUCCGAAGUCGCCGUCAGAUUCUGAUUCGCCAUUGCCUGAAAUGGGUUCCCCGGCCAGUGUCCGGCUGAAUUCAUAUGUAUGAUCGUACUCAUCACCCAGACUCAUAGUCCUCUUAAUCACCAUGGCUUUGUUUAAAGGUUUUGGCGCUGUCGAGUUCGUUUUGUAGCAUCGCCUUAUCAGCUUCUUAUUACAUUCACCACGGCUUUACUAUUUACUGUGUUCCAUGUCACAAAAGAAGAAAGGAGGUGUUCCUUUUAUCCACUGCUGGUCAGGGAAGAUCUGAAGCAGCGCCAGCUGCACAGGUCCUGUAAUGGACGCAUACUCUUCUGGAGAAGAAGUUGUCGUUAAGACAAGAAAACCAUAUACAAUCACAAAGCAAAGAGAACGAUGGACAGAGGAGGAGCAUGAUAAGUUCCUAGAAGCGCUAAAGCUCUAUGGAAGAGCAUGGCAGCGCAUAGAAGAGCAUAUAGGAACAAAGACUGCUGUGCAAAUCAGGAGCCAUGCACAGAAGUUCUUUUCAAAGUUGGAGAAAGAGGCCCUUGUAAAAGGUGUUCCAAUCAGACAAUCUAUUGACAUAGACAUACCUCCUCCACGCCCCAAAAGAAAACCAAACAAUCCUUAUCCUCGGAAGACUAGUGCUUGUGCCCAGACAUCACAUGGUGGAGGAAAGAAUGGAAAACUUGUGCCAGUUUCAUCUUCACACUGUAAACCAGCACUGGACCUGGAGAAGGAACCACAUCCAGAGGAGGCACCCUGUUCCUUAGUUACAUCAGCAGACAAGAAUUCAAUGUCAGUGCCACUGAGAAGUCCAUGCACCUUAAGGGAGUUCAUACCCUCAGCAAAAGAAUUGAUAAGCCGGGAUGAAACAGAUGAAUCUUUUGUCACCACUGAGCUAAAAGAAAAUCAGAAGUUGGAAAUAGGUGCUGAAGGGAAACGCACAGAACAGAGUAAUGGCACAGGUAAAGCUUCUAAGUUGGAAGAUUCUGAUGCUUCACAUGCAAAAUCGGUUCAGAGUAAGAAAACAGAUUAUCUCAAUUGUGCUUUGACAAUAGAAGGGAUGCAAGGAAAUCAUAACUACCCUAGACAUGUCCAUGUGCACGUUCUUGAUGGGAAAAUUGGAACAGGUACUCAAAAUCCUUCCCAGGGUAUGUUGUUUCCAGAAUCCAUGUUUCAGCCCAUGGGUGGGGUUAACGGGCAACCUAAUAUUUUCGCAAAUGCAGCUGCAUCAAAUGCAAGUGGAAGUCAAAAUAACUCAACACAAUCUUCAAUUCAUCAAUCAUUUCCUGCUUAUCCUCCCCCAUUCCCACAAAUUCACCAGAAUCAAGAUCACUACCAAUCAUUUCUUCAAAUGUCCUCCACAUUUUCAAGCCUUAUUGUCUCCACCCUGCUUCAAAACCCUGCAGCACAUGCUGCAGCAAGUUUUGCUGCUACAUUUUGGCCCUAUGCAAAUAUAGAAGCUUCUGCAGAUUCUCCAGCAUGCUUGCAAGGAGCCUUUCCAUCUAGGCAAAUUGGCUCUCCUCCAAAUAUGGCAGCUAUUGCAGCUGCUACUGUGGCUGCUGCAACUGCAUGGUGGGCAGCCCAUGGACUUCUUCCUUUGUGUGCCCCUUUCCAUUCUGCCUUUCCUUGUCCGUCCGCAUCAGCUGCAGUAGUUCCAUCAAUGGACAAUGGUGAAAUACCGGCAGCCAAAACAGAGCAAGGUGGUGAAACUACUGUUCGGACUCCCCUGCAAAAUCAGGAUCCAGAAUAUGCAGAUGCUCUUCAAGCUCAACAUUCAGCUUCUAAGUCACCAGCAAUUUCUUCAUCAGAGCCAGAGGAAAGGGGAGAUGCUAAGAUGAAUGCUUCAUCAAAGCCUACUGAUCAUGAGAAGAGCAAAGCAAAUUCUGAGCACCUUGACCCUAACAAACUGAAAGGCAGAAAACAGGUUGACCGUUCCUCAUGUGGUUCUAAUACCACCUCUAGCAGCGAGGUUGAGACAGACGCGCUAGAGAAGGAUGAGAAAGGGAAAGAGGAAAACAAAGAACCUGAUGCAAACCGAUUAGCUAUUGAUUCCAGAAAUCGUCGUGCUAGAAGUGCCAGCUGCCUUCCUGAUUCUUGGAAGGAGGUCUCUGAAGAGGGAAGGCUGGCCUUUCAGGCUCUCUUCUCAAGGGAGGUGUUGCCACAGAGCUUUUCUCCCCCACAUGACUUGACAAAUCCGGAUCAUCAGAUGGGGAAAAUUGAGGAUAACAAGCAUAAUACGGAUGAUAAACUAGACAACAGCAAGAAACGCAGUUCUGACUGUAGAGGAGCGGAGAAAAAUCUGUCAUUCAUUGAAAAACACAAUGAGGAGGAGAUACUGCUAACCAUAGGGCUUGGACAAGGAAAGCUGAAGGCUAGUCGAACAGGGUUUAAACCUUACAAGAGAUGUUCAAUGGAAGUCAAGGAAAACAGGGUUGGAACUACUGGCAACCAUGGUGAAGAGAAAGGUGCCAAGAAAAUACGCUUGGAAGCGGAGGCUUCAACUUGACACGUGAUAUUGCAUGGAAACACAUGGAGGAAACCUUGGCUUUCCAUGCUAUUUCUAGCUCACCCACGUGUAUAUUCAUGUUGUUUAUUACCAAUUAUGCUGCUCACGAAACUCGUCGUGUAGAUGUGUGUACUAUAUUAAAUUUCUACAUGCACUUGUUUACUAUCCUGAACUGAUGUUACUGCAGCUAAGAACUCCGCUAAAUAACCUUAGAUAAGAUACAUUGAGACUUCACCAUUAAGUAAUUUAUGAGUUAUCAUUCAGCUAA